UAAUCAAUUCUUCGGAGUUCCCUUCCAAGUUCCAAACAUGCUCCGUUUCGCUUCAUCGAAGAGCCCUAGCCAUUUGUCUCCUCCAUAAAUACACCAAAAACCCCAAGCCCGAAUCCUUCAGUCACACACACCACCGGCCGGCUCGGAUUUCCGUCCCCGAAGGGCCGCUCCGCUUCCGAUCUGCUUCGCCGACUCCGCGCGCGCUAGUAAUGCAUUGCAUCUAGCCACAAAGGGACUGGUACGCCCGGUGGCACCACUGCUUGCUCACCCUCCUUUUCAUCUAUACUACCUCAGCAGAGCACACCAGCGAAGGCUAGUGCGUGUGCGUGGCCAUGGAGGCUCUGCGGGCGACCACCGCACGUCUCUUCGAGCUCGCCAGGGCCGUCCACCCGCGACGCGCAGCUCUGAAGCUCCUCAGGCAGCGAGUGACGCUCGCCCUGGUGAUCGCCAAUCUGGACCGCGCGUUCUGCGCCGACCUGAACAAGGCGGUCACCGAGGUCUGCGACGCCUUCAGCCGCGACGCCGGCGAGGCGGCCGACCUCGCGGCUCGCCUUGACGCCAUGCGCCGCGGCGGCAACGGCAACGGCAAUGGCGGCGUCCCUGCCGUGGCCUCCUCUCCGCUCCUGGCUUCCAUUGCCGGCCUCUCCGGAGACGGCCUCUACCGUGCUCUGAUGGCCCUGCAGCUCCCCGCGGCCGCGCCGGCGGAUGUCCACCUCGAGGCCGCUCUGGCCGCAAAGCGCUUAACCCUGCGCGACAGGCUGGACUCGUUCAUCGACAUCCUUGGAGCGAAGAUCGGCGACGUGCCGGAGCCAGAGGCCUGCACCCGCUUCUUGGCCUUCCUGGACCGCCACAUGAGCUUGGACAGCUACAUUGAGGCGCACCUCAAUCUCGCCGGCGCUCCACCACCUGCAGCUAGCUAAGUAAUGAUGGUCGUCCACAGGUGCAGCUCGCCGUCCACAAGUUAGCUGCACACCAGAAACAAGAGGAGGGCUUGAUGCAUGAUCCUUCAUGGUUGAGCCAGCCAACAAUUGUUUACUUACGUCUCUAUGUAUGCUAUGCUAUUUCAGUAUUUCUGAUCA